AUUUGGAUAGAUACCUAUAACAAUUUGAUUUGAUUUUAUAUCAUUUUAUAUAGAAUGUCUAGAUCUUAUCCAGCAGAUACAAGAUCACAAAAAGUUCUAGAAGAAUUAUAUGAAAAAGAAACCAUAACACAAUUGAAUUGGUUUUUAAAAUGUCAAGAAGCUAAAAAGAUCUAUAAUACAAAUUUAUUAACACCAUCUAAUAUAAUGGAUAUAACAAUACCGAAAAUGUCAACUAUUUUAUCUACUAAAUUAAAUAUAAAAGAGAAUGAAGAGAAUUCCAUGAAAGGAUCUAAUGAAAUUGUUAAAGAUAAUAAGCAUAUUAUAGAAGAGAAUAAAGAAGAAUAUACAAUGGGACCAGAUAUGUAUAAACCAUCAUUAGAAGUAUUGAAAUUAUUAUAUGAUGGAAUAUCAAAAGAAGGUAAAGGACGGAAUCUUUAUCUUCAUAAUCGUUAUAAAUUAAAUUUAGAAGAUAAAUUCCAAUUUCCUAUACUUAGUUCAAUGGAAUAUGGUUGGGGUCAUGGUGAUUUAAUUAGUAAAUCAACUGCACAAUCUAGAAAAUUUGGACGUCAAUGUGUUAUUGAAGAUUCAUUUUAUCGACGAACUGGGAUACCAUUUAAACAUGGAGCUGGAAUGAUUGGAUUAGAUAAAUAUAGUUUUUAAAAAGGACAUUUACACCAUCUUAACUCAUAGGGGGACUUUUUUGUUUAAUAUUAAUACAUUUUUAACAUUGAACUAUUCAGGUAAAACAAUUUAAAGUGACUAAUGCGUUAUUCCACUCAAUAAUAACCCAUACAUAUCAAACGUGUAAAUUCCGUAUUAUUAUUUUAUUGUUGUAUUUAAACUACUAUUAAUUUUAUAAGUAGCAUAAAUUUAUUACAUAUUUUUCAUGUUGAUUAAUAAUAUUUUUUUGUGUCAAUUCAACAUUUCA